UGACGUUUCAGUGAGCGGAGUCCUUAUGUACCUACAACAGCCGUCACAUGAACGGCCCUCUACUGCUCUACACUGCUAUGAUGCGAUCUCAUUUCCAUGUCCUUUUGCUGAUCUUUCUCGUAAAAGCAGGUACAUGUGCCUUUACAUUCCCUUUGACUGGAACUGAGGUUGUUGCGGAGGGAUCAACAUUUUACAAAACAGUCAUUAAAACCUCUCAGUUGAAAAAGGAUGAUCAAGUCUUCGUCCGUUGUUACAGAAGCUUCAGUGAGCCCAAGUUAUGUGCGCAGUACUUCUGCGAUAAUGGGAAAUGUGACAACGACCCAACAACUGUGGGGCAUUUCCGAGUAGAAUUAGAUUCUUUAGUUCUGGUCAUACCCAAAGUAAACAUCACUAACUCCGGCCUGUACAGUGUCAUCCUUAAUGGAUAUAGGACUUUAUUGAAUUUCACUCUUUCUGUUGAAGGCCAGACUUCUGCAAUGCCUGAUUCCACAAAUGCAGCGCAAGAGAUGCCGAACAAGUCAACACGGGGAAGAUUCUUUGUAUACAUUGCAGUUGCAGUCAUAUUCGUGGUGGUUCUUAUUGGUCUCAUCUGCUGGAAGAGAAGCAAAUGUCUGGAAGAUUCAGAUCCAAAACAGAAUGGCCUGCUGGACCGGUGUACGAGUCCUGAUCAACACAUGAGCCAAAAGUGUCAUACAAGCACCACAAUAUGACGUUCUUGGUGUAGCAGUUGUUUCUCAUCUCACAUUUGUUUUUAUGACACUAUCGGUUAAGUUUUGCUUUAAGGUUUAGGGUAGGGAAGUCGUUUUUGAUGAUUUAAAAUGCUUGAUAGAGCAUUAACCUUAAGUCUUAUCUGUUUGGGAGAACAUUUCAAUAACAGUGAACAUUUCACCGUGGAACUGCCGUGAUAUGUGUUAGGAACCACCUUUUAUCAUUUUGCAAAAAUGUCCCCUCAAUCACAUAAUUUUCAUGAGAUCAGGCUGGAAAGUGACACAUUAAACUAGCGUAGGAGAAAGUUAGUUUACCAUCCAAUUUCAUUAAUUUCCUCCACAAGGUGGACUGACCAAGUCCCCACUGAGUUUCAGACCCUCUUCCUAAAUGAGUAUGAUGAAUAUGUAUGGAGAGAUUUUACCCCUGUCACACUAGGGAGAAUUCAUACCUUUACUUUGCCCAACUAGUCCAUAUUUAAGCUAAUGCAAUGUUGUCAGAGAGAGAGGACCACAUGUCACAUACUCUUUCAUUGAAUGUUUGCAAAGGGAUCGUGGUGAGUAGUAGUUAUUUAAGGAUGUGCUUUGUGAUCACAAACCUUGAGGCCCAGGUAUACUUCAUUUUUGUGUGUUCUGAACCGACUCGUGCCUGGUCAACUGCGUUGCCUUUGUAUGAUCUUCUGACUGUGAGCAAAUACGAAUGUGUUAGACGCAUGCCCACUACAACUUCUUUGUGAUACUCUUUUAGUACAGUCAGUAGAAGAUAAUUAGACGUCUCAUUUAGGCCAGUAGGGGAGAGUCAACACUCCUCAACAAAUAAUAUAGUGCCAUAUAUAUAUAUAUAUAUAUAUAUAUAUAUACUCUCAGAUCAUAAGCGCUUUACCUAUGUUUCUAUCUUUCUGUUUUGCACAUCUAGGCCUAUACUUUAACGUAUGCUCAGCACUUUCAUGUGCUUUUGUAUUUCAUGGAUCGCUGCUAUUUGGCACUUUUUUUGUUAGGAAGUCCUGUAGCCCCUUCUAGAGUUGUAAAUUUCCACUAAAUCUGAUAAACUGGAGUGCUUUAAGAAUAAUUGCACUGAACAAAUUUUCCACAAGAAUGUAUGCUCAGUUUAUUGAACAAAAUGAAUUGCAGAUUUGACACUUAACCAUCAGUUUUAUUUAUUUAUUUUUUUACGUUUUCCAGAGUCCCCUAUGAUGUAAGUUUAAAAAUAACUUGAUGAAGCUUUAACCCUCUGUUUACCUCAAAGUAGGCAUUUAUAUUUCAGAAAGGUGAUCAUUUAUUUAUAUGUAUUUAUAUGUGUUUAUUCAUUGUGUUGAUAACUAGCUGACGUAUAAGUGUUCUUUUGGAUGAUGCUUUUUGUAUUACGCUGCCUUAAAAUGUAUUUCUUAAUCCUAACUCUACCACUAACAUUACUUCAAUGAAACGGCUGCUUUUAUUUUUGCUUUCUUGAUGUUUUUUGUUGGAGUCUGGUUAUACAGUUGCCAUUAAGUAUUUUCAGUUUGUAGCAGUCAUUAACAUUUUUGGUAUUAUUUUCAUGAAGUUUGUUGUAACUGGAUUUCAGUUUUUUGUAUUCACCUUAAGCUCAACUUGUUCCAUGUGUGCUCACGUAUUUGUUUUCUUCUUUUUCUGUCAUUGCUUAUUAUAGAUUAUUUGUAUUUUUGUCUCUGCUUUAUAAUUCUUGAUACUUUUGUCAUAGUAGUACACCAUCACAAUGUUAAGCUCAAAGUGUGAAGCAAUAACUGACAAAGAAAUAUGCACAUGUAGUGUUAUUUACAAACCAGUUGUCAGAGUUUGUAACCCUGGACAAUCUUUAGAACCAUUUUUAAAGUCUUACAGUACGUCAGAUCAUCCAGUCCUCAAAAACAUGUUGUUACAUGUAAACAGACACAGUGAUAUCAUCUCUUUGAAUAGACUCAAAGUGAUGUUUAUUUUAUUUAUUUAUUUUUCGAAGAAAUGGCAUUUUGGGCCAAAUGUGACCAAAUAAUCUUUUCAUACAAUUCAUUUCUGAAAGAAUCAAAUGUGAAUCGACUUGUAAACUUGAAUUGUCUGUAUUUAUUUUUUUCAUGUAAAAAGAAAAAGAACAAAAUAAACAUGUACACUUGCA